AUGCGGCGUUUCGAAAGAAUCCACGACGUCGUUGAGCCUGUUGAGGAGUAUCGGCAGGGAGGCUAUCAUCCAGUACACCUUCACGACGUAUUCAAUCAGAGGUACGAGGUUAUCGGAAAGUUGGCGUUUGGUCAAUUUUCGACAGUAUGGCUUACACAUGAUCAAUUGCUCCAGCGUCAUGUCGCAUUGAAGAUACUGAAAGCAGAUGCUUCCAGAAACAAUAAAGAGCUUGCUAUGCUCCUUAAAUUGUCUGCUCCGGGCCUAGAUCAUCCUGGCAAAGCGCAUGUUAUCGAACUGCUGGAUUAUUUUGAGCACGAUGGUCCAAAUGGGACACACUUGUGUCUGGUGCUCCCUGCAAUGAUAUCCGACGGCGAAAUUACGAGCGUCAGCGGAAGGCCGCACCACGCAGCCUACGUACGAGCUAUUUCCAAACAAGUCUUGUUGGGUCUCGACUUCCUUCAUCGGCUAGGCAUAAUUCAUUGCGAUCUGCAACCCGCAAAUGUUAUGUUUUCAAUUGUUGGGGCUGCGCACGGCGAGGCAUUUUUGCAGCCUCCCGAGUUCAGCCCUGUUAGGUGGCUAGAAGGAGUGAAGGUAGAUGACAGCGCGCCGGAAUAUUUGAUGGCUACACAGAGACGUCGGGGCGAACUGGAUGACGCAGACUUCACCACGAUCUUGGUUAAGAUUGGUGAUCUGGGUGGAGCUCUAUGGAGUCGACAACGUGAUCAGCGGCCGGUAACACCGACAGCCUUGCGUGCACCUGAGCUAAUCCACCGAAAUACUUGGGAUGCCAGCAUAGAUAUCUGGGCCUUGGGUUGUUUGAUAUUUGAAUUGGCGACAAACGAGCCAUUAUUUCCCUUAGGGUCUUUUGGCCUCACAGCUGAACAGAUCGACAAAGAGCACACAUACCGUAUUAGCCAGCUCCUUGAUGAGAACGGUCAGAUGCAUGAGAACUUUACAAAACACCUGACGGACAGGUUGCCAUAUGACUUCGGAACUACUAUGGUAGCAAGGCAACAAGGCAAACAAGCAGAACAAGUAAUCAGGGACUGGCAUGGGAAGAUAGAGCAGGUGCAGUGUGGUACCAUCCGGGAAAAACCCCGAAAAAGGGACUAUUUCCUCGAGCAACCUAGUGCCUGUUCGCUGGGCAAAGUACUUGCGUCAGAAGCUGGCGUGACACAUAUAGAUAAACUGGGCGUCUGGAGAAACGCGCAAGGGCGCGAGAUAUGCGCAAACGACGGCGGUGUGAAGACUACUGCGUAUAGUUUUGACACCGCCAUCAAUUACAAGAAGGGCCACGAUGCGCCAUGA